UCAGUCCAUUUAAAACAUUAUUGUCUUCUUCCUUGGAGAGAGUAGAAACUAACCUGAUCCAACUGAUGGUAAUUUUUUUCCUUGCAAUGGUGAGUGCAAACAAGCUCAGAAAGCACUGAUCCUGUAUUUUUUUUUCUGUGUGAUUGGUUCCAUUGAGAUGUUCAGUGGCUUAGCUUGUGUGCAUUGAGAGGGAGGAAGGAGGACUUACAGCUGAAGCAGGGAAUUGAAUUGUGCUUCACUUGUCAGCUUGUUGUUGAGAAGCAUUCCCCCAGUAGUCCCUCUUUUUGGCUGUAGUGGUAAAUAAUAAAAACAACAAGCAUCUUGUCUGUAUGCACUUCAGCCCUGUCACAAUCGGCUGCUGUUACAUGCUGUGAAGCUCAUCCUUAUUUUUGAGAAUUGGUCCCCAUAAGGUGUGUAUGCUGAGUCAAACUCUGCUAUUAAGAGGCUGGAAAUACCUGAUCCAUGCUGAUGAAGUUCACAUUAACUUGGAAGCUUAGCACUGAUGGACUGAGGUAUUUCAUUUUAAUAUGUGAUGAGAUUGUCAUGAAGGUAUUCUAGACUGUUUGCACAUUGUCUUCUUGAGUAUACAUCUAGAAAUGACAUAAAACUGCUAUUUUGUUUUGGCAUGCAUAAAUGAAUUAGACAUUGAAUGACAUGGCAUUUUGUGAAUCUUAGUGUGUUUGUGUAUCUUGUAUGCUAAUAGUACACAUUCAGACUUUUUCUGUUUUAUGUUUUUUAUUAUUAUUGCUGCUUAAUCCAUGUUUACUUCCACAUUUAACUCUUUCCUUCUCUUUUUAAAAAUUAAGGGAACGGCUUGCAUGUAUUUCAAACGUUUUUAUCUCAAUAACUCAGUGAUGGAGUAUCACCCUCGGAUAAUAAUGCUAACAUGUGCAUUUUUAGCCUGUAAAGUAGAUGAGUUUAAUGUGUCCAGCGCUCAGUUUGUUGGUAACCUUCGAGAAAGCCCUGUUGGACAAGAAAAAGCUCUUGAACAGAUACUGGAAUAUGAACUCCUACUUAUUCAGCAGUUGAACUUCCAUCUUAUUGUACACAAUCCGUACAGGCCAUUUGAGGGAAUUCUAAUUGAUUUGAAGACUCGGUACCCACUGCUGGAAAAUCCUGAAGUUUUAAGGAAAACAGCUGAUGACUUCCUCAGCCGAGUGGCUCUGACAGACGCGUAUCUGCUCUUCACUCCCUCACAGAUUGCUCUUGCUGCUAUACUAUCCAGUGCUUCAAGAGCAGGAAUUAAUAUGGAAAGUUAUUUAUCAGAAUGUUUUAUGCUGAAAGAAAACAGAACGUUCUUGGCCAAACUACUGGAGGGCAUGAAAAGCAUGAAAAAUCUUAUAAAGAAGUAUGAACUUCCAAGGCCUGAAGAGGUUGCAUCUCUAAAACAGAAGUUAGAGAAGUGUCACAGCCCGGAGCUUUCGCUUAACACUAACGUGAAGAAGAGGAAAAUUGGUGAAGAUGAUGAAUAUAGCUCAAAAAAGCCUAAAAUGGAUGAGGAAGAAUGGACUGAUGAAGACUUUGGGGACUUGUGAACCUAUUCCCGUGCUUACUGUUCUGUGGCACAUGUGAACCUGCCUAUUGAAGGUUCUGUAGACUGAAGCAUGAGGUAUUUUUUUAAACUGCUUUUUAAUUUCUUCACAAUAAAACAUUUAUCUCAAGUAUUA